GAAUCCAUCCCGUUAAUUCAACGGGAACAGAGCAGCCACCUCUCGUCAUCUCUCAUUGCCACAUGAUAUGAUGAGCAACAGCAAUGGCAGGCCGUGGCAUUUCGUCGUCUUCUUCCUCUCAGCCAUAGCCUUCACCCUCGUCCAUUCUCCUCGCCUCUCCGAACCGCCUCUCCUCUUCCUGUCCUGCCGCCCUGCGCUCCUCUGCCUCGUCUGGUGCUCUCUCGUUUCCCUCGUCGCCUUCCUCCGAUGCCGCCCCCUCCCCGUCUUCCUCCUAGACUACAGCUGCCACAAGCCCGAGGCCGAGUCCCGCGGCAGCUACGAGAUGUGCGAGUUCUUCGGCCGCCGCAACCAGCGGCACUCGGCGGAGAGCGAGGCGUUCAUGCGCGCCAUCUACAGCAAGGCCGGCCUCGGGGACGAGACCUACAUGCCGCCUUUCGUGUUCCACUCCGACGACCUCGGCAACAAGCUGAAGUGCGCCGUCCAGGAGGCGGAGGAGGGGAUGUUCGGCGCCGUCCAGCACCUGCUCGCCAAGACCGAUACCCAUCCCUCCCAGAUUGAUCUCGUCAUCUCCGCCUGCAGCAUGUUCAGCCCCGCGCCGUCCUUUUCCUCCAUGCUCGUCCGCCGCUUCGGGAUGAAGGAGGGGGUGAAGACGUUCAACUUGGCCGGGAUGGGGUGUAGCGCCGGCACCGUGGCGUUUGAUCUCGCGGCGAAGGUGCUACGGCGGAGAAAGGGCUACGGCCUCAUCGUCGUCACCGAGAGCAUCAGCCUCAAUUGGUACUUCGGCGACAACCGGCACAUGCUGGUGACCAACUGCAUCUUCCGCGUGGGCACGGCGGCGGCGCUGGUGAGCAGCGACUCGGCGGCGCGAGGCCGGGCCAAGAUGGAGCUGGUACGGUCGCUGCGGACGCACCACGGCGCCGACGACGCGGCCUACAACGCUGCCAUUCAGAUGGAAGACGAGGAAGGCCACGUGGGCGUCGCCCUCACCAAGGACCUCGUCCGCGUCGCCGGCGCCGGCCUCAAGUCCCACAUCACCGCCCUCGCUCCCCGCGUGCUGCCGGUGUCGGAGAUGCUUUGCUACGCCUACCACGUGGCCAAGCUGUACCUGGGCGGCGACCAGAAGGCGGCGAUGGCGCACGUGCCGGACUUCAAACGCGCGUUCGACCACAUGUGCAUCCACGCCGGCGGGAAGGCCGUGAUCGACGCCGUCAGGCGCUUGAUGAGGUUCGAAGAGGAGGUGGUGGAACCGGCAAGAAUGUGCUUGCAUCGGUUCGGCAAUACAUCGAGCAGUUUAGUGUUCUACGAGUUGGCCUAUUUCGAGGCGAAGAGGAGGAUAAAGAAAGGAGACAAAGUGUGGAUGUUAGCGUUUGGGACAGGGUUUAAGGCGUGUAGCGUCGUAUGGCGAGCACUAAAAGACUCGACCAUGGACUCGGACAACCCUUGGAUCCACUGCAUCCAUCGCUAUCCGGUCUACCCUCCUCGUCGUGCCAACCCUAACGAAACUGCGUCUCCCCUCCCCCAAAAAAUAAUCGAUUAGCACAAAACCGGCUACUUAAGUUAUGUUCUAUCUGUAAUAAAGAAUAAUUGAAAUCAUUAGAUUUGUGGUGGUACCUAUGAAAAACGAUAGAAUGUAUCGAAUUCUCUUUUCAAACGUGUUUGUUGGUGUGGCUUUUUUGUUAAA